UGCUUCUCUGCCGGCCAUGUCAUCGGCGGUAAAAGAUAAUACGGUUCGGGCUUUUCCAAAAUUUAUCUGCCUCCUGAUUGGCUAUUAUCGUGCAUUACGGACGUCUAUCAGGCCUAUUUAAUUACCACGCGGUCCAUGCUGAAGAAUCAGUCGCAGAAGAGGAGUGGCGAGAUGUGGACCACUCGAGGAUACAAUUUCUCGUCCCGAAAGAUACAAAUCCCAGCAAUGGCGUCGCAUUUUUGGAUCCUCUCGACCGCAGCCAUUUUUCUCCUUUGUAGUUCGUGUAAAGCUGCGGAUGCUGCCCAGGACCAGUCGGUUCCGGAUAUGACAGCAGCUUGUUCCUGCCAGAAAAAUAAAACGUCUUUGUAUGAGACCGUACUAGACUGCGACAUGGAGUCUUUGUCGAUGGACACUUCCGGCAGGGCCGAAUGCAGAGGACUGUUGAGAACUGUCGAUCUCUCCAGCUUUUUGAUCACGCCAUAUAGUUCUUACACUUCUGCACGUCGAGGGAAAAGAAGCGAGCAAGUGUGCAUCCCAAGAACGACGUUCAAGGCCGACUGCAACACGUGUUUCUGUUCGGAAGAUGGCACCUCCAUGGGAUGUACUUUGAUGGCAUGCACCUCUGAAAGUGCACUCGGGAAGAAGAGAUUAUUUGAGCCACGGUCCAGAAGAAAUUCCGAGUCAAAAAGCAGGAAAGAUGAGCAAACCUGCGAGCCAGGGUCUUCUUUCAAGCAAGACUGCAACGAUUGCAUUUGUUCUCCCGAUGGAAGAAGUGCAGCUUGCACUUUGAUGGAGUGCUUGCCUAAGGAAUUUUAUAAGCAGGAUGGAAGUAUCAAGUUACCCCAUGAAUUGUUUAAAAAUCCAUUGUUGAGGAACCGUAGAGAUGCUCAGGUUUGCGAGCCGAGGUCCGUCUUCAAGAGGGACUGCAAUAGUUGUCUUUGUUCUCCUGAUGGAACGUUUGCGGCUUGCACUCUCAUGGAAUGCUUUCCUGGAGAACAGUUCACAGAGGAUGAGAGAGUGAAAUUACCCCAUGAAACGUUGGAGAAUCCAUUGUUGAGGAGUCGUAGGGAUGCCCAAGUCUGCGAACCGAAGUCUAGUUUCAAGAAGGACUGCAAUAGUUGCGUUUGUUCUGCGGACGGAACAUUUGCAGCAUGCACUAUGAUAGAGUGUAUGCCUAAUAAUUUGUUCAACGAAGAUGGGAGUGUGAAAUUACCCCAUGAAGCAUUGGAGAAUCCAUUGUUGAGGAGUCGUAGGGAUGCCCAAGUCUGCGAACCGAAGUCCACCUUCAAGAAGGACUGCAAUAGUUGUGUUUGUUCAAAGGAUGGAAUGUUUGCAGCUUGCACCAUGAUGGAGUGUCUGCCAGAUGGAUUGUUCAACGAAGAUGGGAGCGUUAAAUUACCCCAUGAAACUUUGGAGAAUCCAUUGUUGAGGAGUCGUAGAGAUUCCCAAGUCUGCGAACCAAAGUCCACCUUCAACAUAGACUGCAAUAGAUGCAUCUGUUCCGAGGACGGGAAAAAUGCAGCUUGCACUUUGAUGGAAUGCCUCCCCAAAGAAUUCUACAGGGAGGAUGGAACAAUUAAACUGCCCCAUGAGAUGUUGAAGAAUCCCUUGUUGAGGAGUCGCAGAGAUACGCAAACCUGUAAACCAGGAUUACGUUUCAAGAAGGACUGCAAUUUUUGUGUAUGCUCUCCUAACGGAUGGGAAGAGGCAUGCACCAGGUUGGAAUGCCCGCCUAAAGAAUUUUAUAACGAGGAUGGAACAAUUAAGCUACCUUACGAAAGGCUGAACAAUCCAUUGUUGAGGAGCCGCCGAAAUGCACAGGUCUGCACUCCUGGGUCGCACUUCAAGAAAGACUGCAACGACUGCGCUUGUUCGCCUGAUGGAACAGUUGCAGCAUGCACCAGGAUGGAGUGCCUGCCUAAAGAAUUGUACAAUGAAGAUGGAAGCAUUAAAUUACCCCAUGAAGCUUUGGAAAAUCCAUUGUUGAGGAGCCGAAGAGAAACGCAGAAUUGCAUCCCUGGGUCGCACUUCAAGAUCGACUGCAACAAUUGCACCUGUUCGCCUGAUGGAACUGUUGCAGCAUGCACCAGGAUGGAGUGCCUGCCUAAAGAAUUGUACAAUGAAGAUGGAAGUAUCAAAUUACCCCAUGAAGCUUUGGAAAAUCCAUUGUUGAGAAAUCGAAGGCACUAUAGGUCUUGCGAGCCUGGCUUGUCUUUCAAGUUGGGAUGCCAGAUUUGUAUUUGUUCAUCUGAUGGCAGCGAAGCAUCUUGUACAAGAUCAAAAUGUUCCCCCGAUACCUCAUCUCGUUUGCAGCGAUCCCUGAAAACGCCAGAUUUUCUCAAAUCUGUACAAAUAUUGUCUAGAGACGAACCCACCGUUUGCGUCCCAUCCAGCGUAUUGUUAAACGAAUGUAAAUAUUGUUCUUGCAACGAUCAAGGAACAAAAUUCUCUUGCACGUUCGCCACGUGUCCGGCCCCUCUGCAUGCUAUCAGUGAAGCUGAUAAAUCAGAAGACUCUCCUACUUCUCGUUAAAAUGAAUUAUUCAUGGGACCUGUAAAAUCAAUUUACAAAUAAUUAAUUAACUCAUAUCAGUAAAUUAGGCCGUCGCGAUAGAAGAGAGAAUAUUCGCUAAAAGUAGACUUCAUUAAUCUUUGAAAAAUUGUCAUUCCCUUUGAUUUAAUAUUUAAGAUCUGUAAGUAGUUAAUUAGAAAGUGUAAAUAGAUAGCGUAUUUAAUAUAAUAAAAUAUAUGUUAUAUCGAUUUUGGGGUUGUUCCUUGGAUCUGAUUUAUCAUCUCAUUCUGAUGAAUUAAUAAAAAGUUCAUUCAUUUAUCAUCAUUCAUUUUUCAGAAUAGGUAUAUAAAAUCCAAAUAGAUCCUUUACGAUGACUUUUUAUUUAGAGAGAAAAAAUAAGCUCCUUUCUCCCUCGAUUUCGUUUUAGUGUCUUAAAAUAAUUCUGAAACUGUUAUUAAAAGUCGUAUGACCAAGUUCAACGAUGCAAGGCAUAUAUGACCAUGAAGUUGUAUGAUUAAUUAUGAAUCUCGUGCGUAUGAUCGUCUUGAGAAGGGCAUUGCUCUUCAUAUAAACGUUUAUUGCAAUUGAUGGCCAUGUUUGUACGCUGAUAUUGACUGUGAAAAAUGGUUAAUUGUUAGUUUUAUCAAUGUCAUUGCUACUAUUAUCGUCCAUUACUGUGUUGAACUUGGAGAAAUAAAUGAAUCCCCAUAUUUUA